CCGCCUGGGGCUGCCUCAUCUGGCACUGAUUAUCCUGCUGCUGCUGCCGCUGCCGCUGCCGCUGCCUCCGCCAAACUCAGCUGCUGCUCCGUCGAGGACCCCAGCACUGCUCCCCCCCAACAUGCUUCCUGCUGCCACAGCCUCCCUCCUGGGGCCCCUCCUCACGGCCUGGGCCCUGCUUCCUCUCGCCCAGGGCCAGACCCCCAACUACACCAGACCUGUGUUCCUGUGUGGAGGGGAGGUGACUGGGGAUUCGGGCUACGUGGCAAGCGAGGGUUUCCCCAACCUCUACCCCCCCAAUAAAGAGUGCAUCUGGACAAUCACGGUCCCCGAGGGCCAGACUGUGUCCCUCUCCUUCCGAGUCUUUGACCUGGAGCUGCACCCCUCCUGCCGCUACGAUGCUCUGGAGGUUUUUGCUGGGUCUGGAACCUCGGGCCAGCGGCUUGGGCGCUUCUGCGGGACCUUCCGGCCGGCGCCUCUAGUCGCCCCCGGCAACCAGGUGACCCUAAGGAUGACAGCGGACGAAGGCACGGGAGGACGAGGAUUCCUGCUCUGGUACAGCGGGCGGGCCACCUCGGGCACUGAGCACCAGUUUUGCGGGGGGCGGAUGGAGAAGGAGCAGGGAACCCUGACCACGCCCAACUGGCCCGAGUCGGAUUAUCCCCCGGGCAUCAGCUGUUCCUGGCACAUCAUCGCGCCCCCUGACCAGGUCAUCGCGCUGACCUUCGGGAAGUUUGACCUGGAGCCGGACACCUACUGUCGCUACGACUCGGUCAGCGUGUUCAACGGAGCCGUGAGCGACGACGCCAAGAGGCUGGGAAAGUUCUGCGGCGACACGGCCCCGGGCCCCAUCUCCUCCGAAGGGAAUGAGCUCCUUGUCCAGUUCGUGUCGGAUCUCAGCGUCACCGCCGACGGCUUCUCGGCCUCCUACCGAAUCCUGCCACGGGGCGCGGCAGCGCAAGGGCCAGCCCAGGGUGCAGGAGAGGAGGCCCGGCCGGGUCCCGCACUCGUCGACUCUGGCCCUAAGCCGGGAGUUGGACCCAAAGUCAAGCCGCCCGUGAAGCCGCGCCUCCAACCUGCAGGGAAGCCGGAGGCCUCGCCAGAGGCCAAGGCACCUCCCCAGGACCCCGAUGUACCCAGCAUCCCCUGCCCAAAGCAGUGCCAGCGGACAGGCACCAUGCAGAGCAACUUUUGUACCAGCAACCUGGUGGUGACUGGGACAGUAAAGUCCAUAGUUCGGGGCCCGGGUGAGGGUCUCUGGGUCACAGUCAGUCUCAUUGGUGCUUACAAAACCGGAGGACUGGAGCUGCCCUCUCCACCCACUGACGCCUCCCUGAAGUUUUAUGUGCCCUGCAAGCACUGUCGCCCCCUGAAGAAAGGAGCCAGUUACCUGCUGAUGGGCCAGGUGAAAGAGAACGGAGGUCCCAUGCUCCCUCCAGACAGCUUCGUGGUUCUCUACCGGCCCACCCAGCACCAGAUCCUCACCAACCUCAGCAAGCGGAAGUGCCCCUCCCAACCUGCCCAGUCCCAGUGAGACCAAGGCCAGCUCCAACUCCUGGCCCGCAGGGCCCCUCUCUUACCUGAAUAAAUAUUUCUUAACUGAAGAAAAAAAAAAAAUCAACUCG